AAUUCGCUCCCGAGUGCAUCGCCGUUCGACUUCCCUGGAAACGGUGGCCCGCAGUCGCCGCGUUCCGUUACCAGCGCUUCUCUGCAGCCCCAGCCUCUGGCGCCGAGCGUCGCGGCCCGGGUGCGGUAUGGAGGCCAAGGCGGCGUCCACGCCGGCUCCUGGCGGCGGCGCGUGCUCGGUGACGGCCGAGGAGACCGAAAAGUGGAUGGAGGAAGCGAUGCAAAUGGCCAAGGAAGCCCUAGAAAGUACUGAAGUUCCUGUUGGCUGCCUUAUGGUCUACAACAAUGAAGUUGUGGGGAAGGGACGAAAUGAAGUUAAUCAAACCAAAAACGCUACUCGACAUGCAGAAAUGGUGGCCAUCGAUCAGGCCCUAGAUUGGUGUCAUCGAAGUGGCAAGAGUCCUUCUGAAGUAUUUGAACACACUGUGCUGUAUGUCACAGUGGAGCCCUGUAUUAUGUGUGCAGCUGCUCUCCGCCUGAUGAAAAUCCCACUGGUUGUGUAUGGCUGUCAGAAUGAACGGUUUGGCGGCUGUGGCUCCGUUCUAAAUAUCGCUUCUGCUGAUUUACCGAAUACUGGGAGACCAUUUCAGUGCAUUCCUGGAUAUCGGGCCGAGGAAGCAGUGGAAAUGUUAAAGACCUUCUACAAACAGGAAAAUCCAAAUGCACCCAAAUCAAAAGUUCGAAAAAAGGAAUAUCAGAAACCUUGAACUUGUUCUGAUGGAAGGCUGAUGCCCCUCGAUGACAUUUUUGGACUGAAAGCUGUUGACAUAAUUGAAUCAUGUUUACAUAUGUCCUUAACUCCUGGGGAAAUCAUCUCUUACUAUUUGCUCUGUUGAGGGAACAAAUUAGCACUUUUUAAAAGUCUCCCAAUUAUAAACAAUGAUUAGCUUUUCCAUAAGCUUAACCGUAAGAAGUUCCAUAAGAAGAGGGGGAAAAAAAGAAGAUUGAGGUUUUAGAAAUUAGUAAGCAGCACAUAACCUUCUUGCCAAAAUCAUUGUGCCUAGGCCAGGAAAGUGCUGUUUCAGCGAAUGUGCAUCCAGACCCAGUUAGCUGGCGUGUGGCCAGACUGGAGUGCGCCACACCGUGGACACCUGCUUUAGGCCUGGCUUUUCAGAAUCGGAUCCUUUAUUCUUUGUAGCCACUCUAUUCUCCCAGGGGUCGAGGGCCUGUGACUUCCUUGGAAUUGGUAUAGGAGUUAUGAACACCUAGACUAUGAAUGCGUGCUCCUCAGAACAGGUUUUUGUUUGUUUGUUUUUUUUUUUUUUGCUUUUAUAAAGCAGUUAGAGAAAAUGCAUACUUUUAAAACAAGUACUUGAGCAUUGUUUUUAAAUCAUAGCAUAUCGCUAUAAUAAAACCAUACUUAUGCCUUCUUUGAGGAUGAAGAUGAAUAUUUUCUUAAAGAUAAAAGAAGCAUAAAUGAGACAAUUCCUUAUUGAGCAGCUAUACUAUGCCAGGCUCCAUUUGUUCAUCGAAUCCGUGAACAAAACAUGGUGCUGCUAUUCUAGCAGGGGAAGACAGAUAAUACGCCUUAUAGAUUAUAUAGUAUUUUAGAAGAUGUUAAGAAUUAUGGCAAAAAGAAAAAGAACAGGGUAAAGGCGAUGGAUGUGGCAUUUGGGGUUGGGACUGCCAGUGUUGCACAAUUAAAUACAAUGGUUCAUUUAAUCUGAAAUCAAGUUGUCAUUUAUUUUUAUAAAAGUCCAGAUUUAGAAUUAAAAUCUAAAAUUUAAAAAUGUGCACGCAACCUUGGAAAGGGUCUCUGCGGCAGGAAGUCCCAGAUACUCAGCUUUCUGACUGCAGCAGUACGUGAGAGAACAGCCUUGCAGAGCCACACUGGGGUUCGCUGCAUCUGCCCAGAAGGGGGCCUCGCCGUUCCACCAGAAGCCCAGCUCCGGGCCCCUGUUGCAUUUCUUCAGUGGAUUCAUUUCCUUGAUGCAAAGCAUCUGUAUUUGUUGUUUCUGCCAUUUGAGCGAUGUCUGACUUGUUUGUUUUGAAUUACAUUACAGGCUGGAAUGUAAUUGUGGUGAAAGUAUUUUUAUAUUGCUGAGAGUAGCAGCUAAUCACAGUUACAUGCUUCAGAGGACUUAACGAUUGCUUGGUUUUGUACGUGUGUGUUCUUAACUGCAUUUGAGAAAUUUUAUGGAGAAGAAUAUGCAUACUUUUAAAUCUGUAAUAAUGUUACAUGUAACUUCUUUUCAGUUUUACCUACUUUAAAAAAUUACCUCUUCAUUAGAUUUUGGCGUUUUGACUAGUUUAUUCCUUUUUGCAGUUGGUCAUAACUCCUUUCUGGCUCCUUACGCUUCUCUGCAAGUUGACCUCAGUGCACUCACUGUCUUCCUAUCAUCGUUUUCUCCGGCAUUAUUUGUAGACGGAAGACCUGGAUUCUUUCCUCCGCUGCCAGGAAGGACCAGUGAGUCUGGCUAAUGCAUCUAGGUCAAGUAGGUUCUUGGUAAACAUUUGUUAAAUAAGAUUACUGAUUGAAGUUUGGAGAAAAACGAGUAAAAAGGGGGAAUAGCUAGGGUAAAAUCAAAGCAAACAGUAUUUUAGGGUAUUUUAGCUUAUAGGUUGUCAAUACGAAAAGUGUCAAGAAAGCAAUCAAACGAAACCAGGAAGGAGAGAAAAGACUUGCCGAUACACAUAUGUUCUAUCUCUUUUGUGUUUUGGAGAAUGGGUACUUCCUAAUUCCUAAGCAUGGCUGAAAACUUUAAUUUUGGUUACGACCUUUUUGAUUCUGUCUCCAGUGACUGACUUAUAGAAAAGUCUCUCCUGUAUUUUUGGUCUUAGGCAGAGUUUCCUCUUCUGCUUUUGGGGAAAAAAAUCAGGUCAGACGGCAUAUGGCAGAUUGGAGGUCAGCUCCUCUAGUGCCGAUAUAGGAGCAUCGUGAGGGCAUAGGCACGGAGGCUACAGGAUUCUGAUGGCAGUCUCAAAGCGGUGGGGAGCCGUGGAGGUAUGAUGAGCUAAUCCUGCCUCCUGAGUCCACGUUCUCUAGCUACCCAGACAUGGCUUAAAAUACUAGGAUGCUCCAGUUCAGAUUGAAUCCAGUUGAUUGACACUGAUAGUGCCUGCCAAAGAGACAGCUGAGAGACUUGUUUCGUGCAUGGGAUGAUUCUGGAAGUUGUGGGAUGUGAAAAGGUUUUAGAAUCACGGCCCCGUUUGGGGGAACUAGUAGGAAAUGAUUGCAUGUAAGUUGCUAGAGUAUCCAUUGUUUGCUGGUCUUUGCCGAGGACUCGGCUGAGAAUGGGUGGUGUGUAAUGCUUUGGCAGGCUUCAAUCACUGAUAAAAGAUUGUGUUAAAAUAUCUUUUCACUUUCUUGUUACUUGGCACAAGCAUCUCUUCCUGUGUUGCAUUUGGAAUAUUAUGGAGGGAAAAUAGAUAGCCAAGAACGCCAAUGUAGGAAAGAACUGUUAAUUUUUCUUUUCUUUUAAAGAUUUUAUUUAUU